AUGGCUGCCAGAACUACAGGCUGCCUCUCCGAGGCGUUGGCAGCGCUGAGAAUAUCAGCGACCAAGCCUGCCACCGUUAGCAAGAUUUUUGCUCGAUCCAUGGCUACCGAGUCGCCAGCCUCGAGUAUCACGAAGUCGGCCUCGACACCCCAGACAAUCAUCCAAUCUUGGAACCCAAUUGCCACCGUCCCUGUCACCAUCCACAGCUUCCCCGAGCUCGAGCCGACGGCACUCGAGCAGUGGUCCGUCAACCAUCUGUACCUGCCGCUGCGGCGGGACCUGCUGCACAGCGCUGUCGUCUUCGAGGGCGACAACACGCGGCAGGGCACGGCCUCGAGCAAGACGCGCUACGACGUGCACGGCUCGCACCGCAAGAUCCGGCCGCAAAAGGGCUCCGGCCGCGCGCGCCUCGGCACCCGCCAGAGCCCGUCGAUCAAGGGCGGCGGCAAGGUCUUCGGCCCGCACCCGCGCGACUUCGGCACCCGCCUCAACCGCAAGGUCUACGACAAGGCCUGGCGCACCGCGCUCAGCUACCGCUACCGCCGCGGCGAGCUGCUCGUUUGUGAGGACGGCAUGGAGCUCGCGGUGCCGGAGGACUUUGCGCGCGUCGCGCACCACUUCAAGGACGGCCUGCGCGAGGCGUACCUGGAGAAGUACAUGCGCGGCGUGCUCGGCGCGCUGGGGCUCGGCCGCGCGGACGGCCGCACGCUGUUCGUGACGGGCGGCCGCCGGGACUGGCUGCACGCGGCGAUGGAGCAGCUCCCUACGGAGGGGCGUGCGCUGGACCUACCGGACGUGGAUGUCAAGGACCUCCUCGAGACGGGCAGGAUCGUCCUGGAGAGGAGCGUGCUUAAGGAGAUGAUUGAGCAGCAUCAGAGUGAUCUGGUCACACGCAUUGCGGUGGGUGGCCUGCCGUCAACGGGGUCGCAAGCCGGUGAGAAGGUUCUAUAG